AUGUCCGGCAACGUCCCCCACAUCUUCAUCGCCAUGGACGCCUCUCGCCAACCUUCGUCGGGGUGCCUUUGGGAUGUGAUCUACAUCGCCGCCUGUGAAAUGGCUGGUGUUGAGAUCCACAAACACACCUUUUUUGAGUAUCGCGCAAUGGUUACUCAAGACCGAACACAUAGCAGCCUCAAGGCCAUGGUGGGCCAAGUUACCGAUCACAGCAUGUGGAAGGCUCUCCAGCGACGAGAGAGCGAUGGUGUUGACCUCGUGACGAUCCCUCUACUCAAGGAGCUGUUCCCUCGACUCCUGGCAAAAGUUCCGGCUCUGGUAGCAAACAUGGAAGAUGCAGUCUCCAAGGGGUACAGCCCCCUUUACGCCAUCACUUCCCACUUCAGUAGCCUAACGGUGGCUACGAAGACCAAGCGCCAGGCCACAGAGGCACCUCCCACAAAGGUGCCUCCGGCGAAGAAGCAGUUGUCGACCUGCCAGAGCACUCACCUGCAAUCCGACAAACACCAUGCUUCAAUCAAUAAAGGGAAUGCGACAAAAAAGGGAAUGCUCAAGAGCAAGUACCAAGCCUUUAUGGGCUCGUAUACCGUUCAGCGCAUACUUGCCAAUCGGGGAAAGUGUCCUGUCACGCCGGAAGCAGCCAAAGCACUUCCCAGAAUCGAUCGAAUCGUUGGCUGGCACGAUGCCAGUGAGGGCAGACGACUAAGCACCGACCUCUGCCAGUUUGUCGUAUUUCGGUCGAAGACUGCGUCCUUUGGUCGACCGGAGUCAUAUACGUAUGGAAGGGGGCUACGGAUGGUAAUUGUACAUGAAUGGGAAGCCCGGUCCUUGAUAGGUUAA